AUGGCCGACCUUGUCCAGACCCAAUCUAUUUCUCCUAUCAUCCCCGUCACCGAUGAGCGCAUUGAAUGCCUCCCUACUGCACCCAAAGACUACCGGCUCAAGGUCCAGCAGUACAACGACCUUUUGGAAGACAUCUUCCAGCGCGAGCUCGAGCUGAGCAACAUCAAGUCGACGCUCAUUGACAUGCGCGAGAUGCUCGCCCAGGAGGCGCGCAUUCUCGACGGCACCACGCCGCUCGACGCGGCGACCAAGUCUGACGCGAGCGACUCUGAUGAAAUCCUGUCCGACUCCGGCAGCAGCAGCGACAAGAAUGGCAAGCCUGCUGACCCAAGCAGGGUGAAGGCUGUGAGGAAGCCCAAGGCCAAGGCCCGCGGCAACAGGCGGUCCAAGGUCCCCGACGUCCAGCUCGGUGGCGAGUGGGAUUACAACCUCGAAUUCUCGGAGAGGAAGGGCAGGCGCGCGUCGGACGCGUCUCUUGAAGAUGUAGAUGAAGCUAUGGUUUGA